AAAAAAGUUGGGGAAUGGUACUUCCUCAUUCCUCUUUACAUAAUACACUGGCGACACUAUACCCUACCCAACUGCAUCCUGCCCAUAAGGCCGCACCAUCAGACUGACCGACAUCAUCACCACCGUCAAGAAUCUCCUUCCAUCAUUCCCAACAGGCAACAAUCACUCUCCAGAAAGUCGUGUGGGCAUGGGCAGUCACCGAAUAUUACCCUAGUUCCUAGCUUCCUUAGCUCCAAUCCAUUCACCAACCCCUUGAGGCCCCACCCACACCUCCCCUCCAAAACCGCGUCCUGGUCAUCAUGAAGUACGGCAAAGAGUUCCAACAGCUCCUGAACGAGUCCGACUUUCCAGAAGAAUGGAAAUCCUCCGCUAUCGAAUAUCGCCAAGAGCUGACAUGAAAGGCAGUUGAAGAAGGUUAUCAAAGACGUAGUAGCCGAGCUCACUUCUAUGGGUCUCUCGCCUGACGUCCUGCACAAACUGCUUAUUACUGAAGAUACGGAUGGCAAGUCUCUUCUCGCCUCGCAUACCCCCGUGGUGUCGGACGGUGGUGGUGAUGGGGGGUUGACGGGGGAAGAAGGGAGAGCAGGAGAGGAGGAUGUGAUAGAGUUUGAGUUUGAGAGUGAGGAAGGGAGCCCGGUAGUGCUGCGUUCUGGUUCUGUCGACCUUCCUCCUCCCCCGCAUCACCAUCCGGUCGAAGUCAUUGUCCAUCCCAUCACAGAACAACAAAAUCUAGAUGACGACGAACAGUCUGUCGAAUCUCUUCAUCCCCACCAUCACCGCAGAUUCCGACUGCGUCUCUUAUCAGAAACAUCCCAAACACCGAAGGAGGAUGGCACCUCAGUCAGACCUCUGAGCGUAACGGAUAUCAUCUCGGCCCAAGAGCAUACCUCAAAUCUCUCGUUGGAGGAUGUGCAUCAUAGGGGCCGAGGGUCCGAGCUCUCAGCGAGAGUACAUGGGAAGAGAAAAGUCGUGAAAAAGGCUGUUAGUGAUGGACAUGGGGGUGUCAAGGCGGAGUAUGUCCUUAUAGGUGAUCCCCAACAUCCCAUCCCCCAACUCCGACUCCAUCUCGACACAUCCAUCUCCCCAUCACGCUCCCACUCUCACUCUCCUUCACCCGCGCCAUCUUCUUUCGAAUCAGAGACUGAACCUGAAACUGAGACAGGGACAGAGACAGAAGAUGAGAAUGGUGGGGAAGAAGCCUUCGACCUCGCCAUGAAGACUCCUCGGGCUUUCAACAAAGUCAGAAACCCAUCUUUACCGUCGAGCCCGCACCUGAGCCGUAUCAAAGGCGCCCAAUCACCCAUUUGGGCUAUUGCGAGCACCGGAGUGAGUGAGGGGAUGAGCGACUUUUCUAUCGGCGAAGCCGCCGUAGCAGAGAUUCCCAGCCCUCUUCCCGAUCCUCCAUCCCCAGACCUUUCGGCAAUGUUCGAGCCUGCCUCGGCAUUAACGACAGAACGCGAAUUCAUAAUUCCCCUCGCCUCGGACCUCGCCUUCUUCUCCCUCCUCACCACCGCCCUCACUUCCCUCUCAUUGUUCACCGCCAGACAACAGACGCUCUUCCAACAAUCCGUCGAGCGCUUAUGCGCUAUGAUAUCAAAGUCUAUCUCGCCGCAGGGGAGUAGUCUUGAAGUACUACCGACGCCUUUGACGCCAAGCGGGAGUGACAUGAGCGACACCGUGCCCCGCCUGCACGCUUCGACAUCAGCAAAAGCAUCAAAGAAAGAUCUCUAUGCGUGGAGAGAGAUAUUCUCUCUAUGGAUCGAAUCGCAGAUAUUCGAAUCUACCGCCGAACGUGAUCGCGGGGAACGUACCAUCGAGCAAGCAGAGAGCAGGCUCCAGAAGUUUGCUGCGGAGGUUGUCAAACGUGGGCUGGGAGACCGACGGACGAUGAAGGGGAAGAAAGUAAGGGAAGCUUGGGAAGAGUUUUUGAGGUUGAACAUGUUGUUGCUGGACCUCAAGAGGUUCCAGACUGCGAAUAUCAAAGCAGCUCAAAAGAUCUUGAAAAAGCACGACAAACGCACAGCCCUAACGGCCUCAACCGGCUUCCAGUCCUUCGUCCGUUCCACCCUCACCGCCCACUCCCAAAUCGACAAAGACGGCCACAUCUCCACCUGGACAUUCUACAACACCUCCCUCCCCCACGUCCUCCUCUCCAGCCUCACCUCCACCCUCCUGCCCAUCCUCCCCAGCUUGGACGAUUAUGCGUGCUUGAUCUGUACUUCUAUUGCGUUCAAGCCCAUUAGGCUGGAAUGUGGGCAUUUGUUUUGUGUGAGGUGUUUGGUGAAGAUGCAGAAGGCUGGGAAGGGGGAGUGUCCGCUUUGUAGGAAGGAUGUGGUGCUGCUGGCUGAUAAGUCGAGCUUGGAUCUCACAAUCAUGCACUUCAUGAAACAAUGGUUCCCCAAGGAGGUCAAAGAGAAACAGAAAGAGAAUGACGCAGAAGUCGUCAACGAGCGCGCACUAGAGACGGGUUUAGACACAAGAUGUUCUAUCAUGUAAAAGGGUGGGAGCGACUGGUGUUGUUGUUUUGUUAUGUUUGGGCUUCAGGCAUAUAAUGCAUUG